AUGGAACAGGUGGAUCUAGUACGAGCACUCGAAUCGAUAGACAAUGACAGUCAUAUCCUAGCUCAUCACGUCGCAGAACAAGACCAGGAACAGGGGAUAGAUCAAGCGUCAGAGCGUGAACACAUCCAUAUAGCUCAGCAAACACUGAAUGACUUGCAACCAAACGGUAAGGGCAGCGAGGCAGAUGGUGAAGGCGAAGCGGAUAACAGUCAUGACGGCCGAGAGUUGAAUGAGUGGACCAGGGAGCAGCUUCAAGCGGAAAUCGUGAAACUGCGUCGUCUGGCACAGCUUAAACCAUGUGGACCUCAAGAGGACAAAUAUGAACAAGUUCAAGCUGCUCUCACAGCUGUAUCAGCCGCAAUUGUAUCUACACCGAUACCAACGGUCGAUCCAUCUUUGCAAUCACCCUCAGCAGAUGAGCAGCAUGCUCAAUCUGGUGUGACAAACAGUCCUGCCGGGGAGUUAUCAAAAAAGAGGGUAAAAAGGAAAGGGAGUGAAGCAGGUCCAUCGAAGGAUAAGAAGAUCGCGAGGAGAGACGAAGAGACGGGGAAAAGAUUGGAAAAAGACAGGAAGACUGAACUGGCAAAAAGUAUUAGGAUAAAGAUGCGAUCCACUAUCGGCGUGGGUUUGGACGAUCCUCUUCCUCCGCCGUCGAAGAUGAGCGAUCCUCCUUCACACAAUAUCGCUCUUGAUUCUGGUAAUAAUCCAUUCGUACCUGAUUGGAACUGUCAACUGAACGACGAGAUCAAUCGUAAUUGGGUCGCCAAAAUUUCCCACCAGAUACUCGAAGAGGCUCUUGUCGGACUACAUCCUAGGAUACCGACGACUGACAUGAAUUUUGAGAUUAUAGAUAUCGCUGCCAAAACAGCUUUUGUGAAUAUGUGUAAGCGGUAUACGCAAGAAAAUGAUCCUAAGGGUGUGGAAAGGAGAGAUAGAUAUACCAAGAAGAGGCGAAGAUGGGCACGGAAGGAUCUGAAACAGAAACGCCGUAAACGUUCUGCCGUUGAUCCCUCUUUUCAAGAUGUCCAUAUACCUCCAUCAGCACUGCAUCUAGACUAUAUGUCUUCUGAGUAUUCUUCUGCCGGAGAGGAGACGGAUCCGGAUACAGAGGUCGCCUCCACGCUGAGGAAAGAGAAAUGGGAGGCGAUGCUGAAGAAGCAAGCCGAAGAUGAUCAUCAUGUUCCUAAUGGCAAAGGAGGAUGGGCUGUUGGGAUCAGUGAAAAGGUGUUGGAGGUUCGAACACCCCGAUGGAGAAGUGAAGAGCUCAACGACAUCUAUCGACGUUUAGAUGCUCACGCGAACCAGUUUUCCGAUACUCGGGCGAGUGGAUCUAUGGCUAAAUCGAAGUCAAUAUCUAUUCUCGGUGAAUCAUCUUCAGGUCAAAUCACUGUGAGACCAGGGCAUGUCGCUCCUUCACACAGACGGUUUACGAUGUCACCGGGAUUCAUGAGAAAAGGUGGUCUUCCGAGAGAUCUGGGAGAAGGCUGGAUGUGGGCCAGUGGGGUUGGCGGAAUAUGGGCGGAAGACGCGGCUCAUUGGAUUGGAGCAGCAUCUGCUGAACAAGAGGGGGAUCGUGAUGACCCGGUUCAAGGAGACCUUCUGAUAGCGGACUCUGGUGAAGAUAUCGUGGGGCUCGGUGAUGAGAUAGAAGGUGAAAACGAAAUGGAAGAAGCGAGAUUGGGUUUAGUGAGUGCUCUAGAAGGGCUGUAG